UUCCGGGAGCGAGGAGCCUCUCCAACGAGGACAACAGCUGGGACGCGCGCCUGCGUGCUGGGAGCCCGCCUCCCGGGUAGGAAGUUGGAAGGCAGGAAGCCCCGCCCCUCUCCGGGCUUUCGCAUCCGGUCGGCCUCCCCUCACUCUUGGAGCCGCGAGCCGACCGCGCGCUCUUUUCGUCUCUGGGAGCUUCCGCGGCGCUCGCCGCUGCGCCUGCACCACUCCGCGCCGUGCCACUCCACCCGGCUCCCCGCGCGUCUUGCACUCCAGUUCCCUCCCGCCCCUGCGGCCCCAGGCCCUUGCCAUCCCGGUCCGUCCGGCAGCCCGGCGCGCGAGCCAUCAUGCUCUUCUAUUCCUUUUUCAAGUCCCUCGUGGGCAAGGAUGUGGUCGUGGAACUCAAGAAUGACCUGAGCAUCUGUGGAACCCUGCAUUCUGUGGAUCAGUAUCUCAACAUCAAACUAACUGACAUCAGUGUCACAGACCCUGAGAAAUACCCCCACAUGUUAUCAGUGAAGAACUGCUUCAUCCGGGGCUCAGUGGUCCGCUAUGUGCAAUUGCCGGCAGAUGAAGUCGACACACAGUUACUGCAGGACGCAGCAAGGAAGGAGGCCUUGCAGCAGAAACAGUGAUGGCUCCUCCACCCCUACCCCUUCCCUCUUCAGUUGCUGGCCUGUAACCUCUUGACCCAGCCCAGGACCCCUCCUACCUCCCAUAAUACUUGAAGUGGUUUUUUUGUAUUUUUUUUUUUAAAUAGGGCUUUUUUAUUUUUGAAGGGAUGAGUGGAUAAGAGGAAUAAUAGUUGGGAGCAGCUAUCUGUUGAGAAGGGGAAGAUAAGUAGGGUAGGGAACUGCAAAGCCUUCCUUGUUCCCAGCACCUGCCCUUCUCACUCCUUCCCUGGAGAUGGUGGUAGAAUUUCCUACAUCUCUCCAGGGCAGUGUGAUUCAUUUUGGGGAUGGGAGGAAUCUGUCCCGCAUCGGGAAUAAAAUUUAUGUUGCAAAUUUAA